AUGGCUUCUGAGGAGGCAGAGAAGGGCUCUCCAGUCGUGGAGGGAUUGCUGGUCCUGGGCAACAUUAUCAUCCUGCUGGCAGGCCUGGCCCUGUUUGCCGAGACGGUGUGGGUGGCUGCUGACCAGUAUCGUGUGUACCCGAUGCUGGGUGUCUCCGGCAAGGACGAUGUCUUCGCGGGUGCCUGGAUCGCCAUCUUCUGUGGCUUCUCCUUCUUCGUGGUGGGCAGCUUGGGUGUGGGCGCUGCGCUGUGCCACCGCCGCUCCAUGCUGUUGACGUACCUGCUGCUCAUGCUCAUUGUCUACAUCUUUGAGUGCGCUUCCUGCAUCACAUCCUACACCCACCGCGAUUAUAUGGUGUCCAACCCCUCAUUGAUCACCAAGCAGAUGCUGACCUUCUACAGUGCAGACACAGCCCAGGGCCAGGAGCUGACCCGCCUCUGGGAUCGCAUCAUGAUGGAGCAACAGUGCUGUGGCACCUCUGGGCCCAUGGACUGGGUGAACUUCACCUCGGUCUUCCGUGCAGCCACCCCAGAAGUGGUGUUCCCCUGGCCACCGCUGUGCUGUCGCAGAUCAGGCAACUUCCUUCCUCUCAACAAAGAAGGCUGUCGCGUGGGCCACGUGGAUUACCUGUACACUAAGGGCUGCUUCGAGCACAUUGGUCACGCCAUCGACAGCUACACCUGGGGCAUCUCGUGGUUCGGGUUUGCCAUCCUGAUGUGGACGCUGCCUGUGAUGUUGUUGGCCAUGUACCUGUAUACCACCUUGUGAGGAACAAGAUUGGCCGGCUCAGCGCACCCCUCUACAUCCUCUGCUCUGCCCACCCCCAGGCCUGCUGGCCCCCUUGCUUCACUCCUUCCUGGUGCCUUUCCUGCUUUCCAUCAAAGAUCUUGGGAUGGAUUUCUAGGCUUUGCUGGGACUGAAGGUGCCCUUAGCAAGCCC